CAGAAUUUAUUUGUCGUGUUGCAGAAGGUAUGUGGCGUACAGUUUAUAGGUCAUCAUACAAGUAGUAGGCCUACUUUACUACAGUUACAACACGAGUCGUCCACUGUAUAGGAUAUACAAGAUUGUAGUCAUCGAGGCGCAUCCGAGACAGUGGGUGACAAGCAGUUGUAACCAACUUAUAAUAUACAGAACAGUUAACCCUGAAAUUCUGGGUGGCAGUAUUAUUAGUUGAGUUGCAUUGGCGUAUCCAGAUGUUAAGAGGUCGGUUGUUGAUUGGGACCAGGCAGUAUAAAUAUUAUUGAUUUUAUAUAGAAAAGUGGUGGUCCGAAUGGCAAACUUAUAGACAGACGAAAUGCCAGUCGUCAAAGUGAAAGACGGGGAGGGUCACGAGAUCACGUGGAACGAGGUGCGUCCAGGAGAGAUGUACUGCGACUUUCCCGGCAUAGAAGAACGGCUGGCAGCUGCUGAUAAGUUUGAAGCCAGGCCAGAUGACGUCUGGGUGAGCACUUAUCCAAAGUCAGGCACACAUUGGACCUGGGAAAUAGUUCACAUGCUGAUAAACGGUAACGCUAAGAUAAACGACAUCCCCAAAACUAUGGGAUUCUUCGAGGAAAGAGACCAGGAUCAUCUGGACAACAUCCCCUCCCCGAGGGUACUGGACACCCAUUUGUCGUAUCACCGAAUACCGCCCGAUGUUUGGCGGAAGAACUGUAAGAUCGUGUAUGUUAUGCGCAAUCCGAAAGAUGUCGCUGUCAGUUUUUAUAACCAUAGCAAAGGGAUCAUUGACUACAAAUACGAAGGAACGUGGAAUGGAUUUUUCAAGUUAUUUACGGAAGGACCUAAAUUCGAAUGGGGGAUGUGGUGGGAAAACGUUCUAUCUUGGUGGGAAAAUGCUCGCAAUAAAUCCAACGUGUUAUUCCUGACCUACGAGGAGAUGAUUAAAGACAGUGUGGCUGCUGUGAGAAAGAUAGCAGAGUUUAUUGGACGGCCGGGAACCGAGGAAUUAUACAAAGCAAUAGCAGACGCCUGUGCAUUCGAUAAAAUGAAAACCUUGAAAACUCCAACAGAGCCUAAGUGCUGGAAAGGGGAAAACUUGAUGUAUAGAAAAGGAAAGGUGGGCGACUGGAAAAAUUGGUUCACAGUGGCCCAGAACGAGCACUUCGACAUCCUGCACGAAGAACGAACAAAGGGCACGGGCAUUAAGCUAGAAUUUGAAAUAUAAC